AUGUAUGUGUUGCUAGUCGUUUCACUUAUUCCUCUAUCAGUUGCAAGUAGUACUACAACCGUAAAAUAUUACGAAAAAUUAACACGUCAACGAAUAUCAGAGGCAGAAUUUUACAAUAUGCCCACCAACAACAACGAAUUCAAAGUGGGGAUUCAGUCGAAUACUACACAGUACUAUGGUUCCUACGAUUUCGUAAUAGUAGGUGCCGGUUCUGCUGGCAGCGUACUAGCAACCAGACUAUCAGAAAUAGAUAGUUACAAUGUCCUCUUAUUAGAGGCAGGUGGCGAGGAAGACGACUUUAGUCAGAUACCUUCCAUGAGCUUUUACCUAAUUUUCAGCGACAUGAACUGGGGGUACUUCAGCACACCUCAAACCAAUUGCUGCUUAGGAAUGAAAAAUCACUCAUGUACGGUCGCCCGAGGCAAAGCUCUGGGUGGUAGCAGUGCCAUAAACGCCAUGAUGUACGUCAGAGGUAAUCGCCACGACUUCGACAAAUGGGUGGAAUUAGGAAACUCUGGAUGGUCGUACGAAGAAGUCCUUCCUUAUUUCAUAAAAUCUGAAAAUUCGCAAGUUGAUGGUGAUACAGGUUACCACGGCAAAGGGGACUUCUGGAACGUCGCCUACUCUUCACCAGUUUCACCCCUACUUUCCAAUUUCUUUAACGGUAGCUUACAAAUGAAUCAACCCAUUGUGGACUACAAUGGUAGAAAACAAACUGGUUCAGGGCGAAUACAAUUCACCAUUAAACACGGAAAGAGACAGAGCACUGGAAAAGCGUUCCUAGAAAACGCUCGCCAACGUAACAACCUUAAAAUUAGGAGCAAAGUUUUAGCAACCAAAGUCGUCAUAGAUCACACCAAAACGGCAAAUCAGGUACAAUUCGUAACAAAAGAAAAAAAAUUCUUUGUGAAAGCAAAAAAAGAAGUCAUUCUUAGUGCAGGUGCUAUUAAUUCCCCACAACUACUAAUGUUAUCGGGGGUAGGUCCACAAAGCCACUUACAAACAAUGAAAAUUGACGUAAUUGAAGAUUUACCUGUUGGUAUGAAUCUCAAAGAGCACCCUAUGUUCCCUGGUUUGAUUUAUAACACAAACUAUACUCUUUCUGGUCUUAGUACCGAGGAAUUUGUGAAAGAGUUUUUAAAAGGUUUAGGUCCUUACACAAAAACAGCCGGCACAGACGGUGUCGGUUUCAUACACACCGGUGGAAACACAGUCCCUACGAUAGAGUACUUGUUCGCACCGCCAGCCGGAAACAUAUCAAAAAUACUAACUAAAUCAUUCAAUUUCAACGACGACCUCACCAACCAAAUGUUAAACCAAAUUGACCCACAAAGAAGCAUUCUGAUAUACUUGGUUCUCCUUCACCCAAAAUCUAGCGGCCGCAUUACCCUCAAAUCAAACGAUCCUCUUGAUUUUCCAAAUGUUGAUUUAAACAUGUUUGAGGAAGAAGAGGAUAUUGACACUUUUAUUGAAGGAAUAGAAUUCAUUCGUGACCUUUUUGCAACUGACGCUUUUAGGAAAAUUGAUGCUCGUCGUGUGGAAAUUCCGGUUUGUAAAGAACUCAGAAAUAAGUAUAGGGAGUACUGGGGAUGUGUAAUUCGCCAGAUGACGAACACCAUUUACCAUCCCCACGGUACAACUGCUAUGGGUCCUGAUAAGAAAAGUUCUGUAGUUGAUGGUAGUUAG